UAUUUCAGGAAGAUGGAGAUCAUCAAUGUCAAUGCCUUACCAAUUAUACCCUUGGAUGACCCGCUGACCAUCUCUUGUAUUGCGCGGAAGACAAAGGGGGGAGCUGUGAGGAAGAGCUUAGAGGACAAUCCACCCUCAUGCAUUAUUGGCUCCAUUCACCAGGUGAACCAAAAGAUUGGGGAAAUAGACCUGACUUUCAACCCCAUGGCCAAUAGCCUGGCAAUUGAGAAAUUUGAGUUGGAGAAGAAGGCGUUAAGAAAGAAAAAUUAUGGCAGCCCAGGAGACAGAGUCCCAAAAUCACAGCAUUACUGCCAACUCUCAGAAUUCAAGAUCGCCAGAUCUCACAUUAUAAAACGGUCUUUCUGUUCGGAGAAAGAAUUAGGGAAGUUUCUUUCUUCUCCUGCUCCAAGAGCCAUGUGGCUGGAUAGCUUUUGGUGGAUAUUCCACGAACGGUACCAGCCAAACAAGGAGGUCCAGGAUGAGCUGUUUGACCGGAUAGCUCAGGGAUACGCCUGCCUUUUACUUAAUACUCAGAGGUCCCACUAUGAAGAGGCCCUCUUAAAAAGCCUGCCGUCACUUCUGAGCAAAGGCCUGUACACCAGCUUCUGCUGCUGCUUCCCGCAGUCCUGGUUCAACACACAUGAAUUCAAGUUUGCCAUUUGUAGCACCAUGAGCCUGUGGAUUGCAGGUAUAUGUCCUUGCCUACAGAGCUAUAACAAUUGGGACUACUCAGAACUAGAUCCAGAGCGAUUCCGGACAGAAGAGUUACUGUUACAGAGGAAAAAAAUGAUGAAGAAGCCUACCCUGGUCUUGAGAAAAGCUACACAACAAGUCAAGAGGAUAUCAGCAGCAAGAGAAUAUGAGAUGUUUCAUAAAAGUUCUUGCCCUGCCUGUAAGAUCCCUCCGCUGACUACGAACUUAUUCAAUGUUUAUGGGAAGAGCCCUUUGAUUGUGUAUUUUCUUCAAAACUAUUCCCAUCUGCAGCUGUCUGGUGAGGACAUGUUGGUAAUCAGGAGGGAACAGACCAAGAGCAUCCCUGAGUCCACCCUGACAUUUGAUAACGUCAUCAGCCUAACCCUGAGCAGCAUGAGGAAUCGAAGGAACAAGUUUAAUAAAUUGUACCAGCUUCACUGGAAUGAAUGGACUUACUUUGAUGACUACCUAAAGAAAGUACAAAACAACUUCUUCAGGGAGGUGAAGAAUAUUGAUCAAAGAGAAGCAGAAAUGCAAAAGGAAAACCAGAUGUUCCUCCCCGGACCAUCGGCAUUGGGCGUCAAUGAGGAAUUUCUUGAAAAGAAACUGAAGGAAGGAAAAGUUGGAGAGGGAAAGAGAAGAGAAACAGAAGUUAAUUUCUCCCCUCCCAUAUCCAGACUGCAAAUUCUGCUAUAA